UUGUUGACAUUAACACAGGUGGCCGUCCUCUUCAUCCCUUAUUUGAGUCUUCUGUACUUGUCAACGGGAUUAUUUAGAAAUUAUAUCAGCCAUUUGAAUUUUAGGCUAGAGGAGAAAUAUGCACUGCAAAACUCCUACAACAUAGAUGUGAAGUUCCACCAUAGACAACAUGCCUGAGGUUGUGCUCCAAGGAGUUCCAGUGAGGUUUCCUUUCGAGCCUUAUGAUGUUCAGAAAACCUAUAUGUCUAAAGUUAUUGAAUGUGUGCAACGAGGUGAGAAUGGCAUCCUUGAGUCACCAACUGGCACAGGCAAGACCCUAUGUUUACUUUGUUCCACAUUGGCUUGGUUGGAGAUCAAGAAGGCUGAGCACAAAUCUCGUUUACAAGUUUCUAAUAGUCAAAAUGUUCCAGAAUUUUUGUCUUCACUGAGCUCACAGUUACAAGCUGCAGCUGGGCAGGCUUGGGGAGAUAAAAUUGCCCCACCAAAAAUAAUUUAUUCAUCUCGGACCCACUCGCAGCUGUCUCAAGCCAUCAGUGAACUGAAAAGAACUUCUUACAGCCAUUUACGGGUGGCAAUACUGGGAUCACGUGGCCAGAUGUGUGUUCAUCCAGAAGUCUCCAAAGAAGUGAAUAAUAGCACCAAGGUACACAUGUGCCAGAUGCGAGUUAAGGCAAAGACGUGCUACUUCCACAACCAGGUAGAUGCGAAAAAAGAUGAGCCUGAGUUACGUCAAGGAAUACUCGAUUUAGAAGACUUGGUCAAGUUUGGAAAAAAGAAAUCUUUCUGUCCAUACUACAUGGCAAGGGAUUUGAAACAGGAUGCAGACAUCAUCUUCAUGCCAUACAAUUACUUGCUUGACCCCAAGAGUCGUAAGGCACAUGCUAUUGAACUUCAGGGAAAUAUUAUAAUAUUCGAUGAAGCUCAUAAUGUGGAGAAGAUGUGUGAAGAAGCUGCUUCUCUCCAAAUACGUUCAACAGACAUAGCUCUCUGCAUCGAUGAGGUCACUCAGGUAAUGAAGAAAUUUCAAGAUAUCAGUGAAGGUUCGGAUAUUGCAGCUAAUGAUAGUCAGGGACUUCCAGAAGAUUUUAAUCCUGAUGACCUUUAUACACUAAAAGCACUCUUUUUAGAAUUAGAAAAAGCUAUUGAUGCCAUACAGCUGCCAGCAGAUGGCUCUGGGUCUACCUUUCCUGGCAGCUACAUGUUUGAACUUUUGGAGAAGGCAGAUAUUACUCCUUAUAAGAAAAUUAUAAUAUUGGAGAUCUUAGACAAACUGAUACAGUACCUGACAACGAACAGUGCCUCUCCAUUUCAGCGUAAGGGAGCUGGUCUUCAGAAGUUUUCAGAACUAUUACAAAUAGUUUUUAGCAAAGAUAAAUUUUCACUUGAACACAUGGAAUUUGUUAAACAGUGUUACAAGGUUCAUAUCAACAUUGAAGAGCAAAGAAAGAAGCCUGGAGGCCGAGAAGAGGGGUGGGGAGCCCCCAAGAGUAAUCCCAUAAAUUCCAAAGUUGGGCGUGUCAUUUCGUACUGGUGCUUCAACCCUGGCUUUGCGAUGAAGGACUUAUCUGAGAUGGGAGUAAAGAGCAUUAUACUAACAAGUGGAACUUUAAGUCCAAUAGAUUCUUUUACUUCAGAGCUGCAGGUGCCUUUUCCCAUUCAGUUGGAGAACCCACACAUUAUCAAGCGCCACCAAGUGUGGGUCGGUAUUGUAAGUAAGGGACCAGAUGGAUUUAGUCUAAAUUCUUCCUUUAGAAACAGGAGUGACCCACGAUACAUAGCUUCCUUGGGUCAGACCAUCCUUAACUUCUCACGAGUUAUUCCUGGUGGACUCCUGGUGUUCUUCCCCUCGUAUUCAAUAAUGAGGUUUUGUAGGGAUGAGUGGCAGAACUCUGGCAUUUGGAGUAAAAUAUCCAUAGGAAAGCCGAUCUUUGUGGAGCCACAGACAAAGGAAGAGUUUAACAGUGCCAUGGAGGAGUUUUACAUAAAGAUUAAUGAUCCAACUUUAAAAGGAGCUUGUUUCAUGGCAGUUUGCCGAGGAAAGGUCUCAGAAGGCCUGGAUUUUGCUGAUCGUAAUGGUCGAGCUGUUAUUGUCACAGGACUACCAUAUCCUCCUUUUAAAGACCCCAGGGUGGUUUUAAAGCAGAAGUAUCUUGAAGAAAUACGAACAAAAUGCAAACAAGGUCUCACGGGCUAUGCUUGGUACCAGUUAGAAGCGUCACGAGCUGUUAAUCAAGCUAUUGGCCGAGUUAUCCGCCACAAGGAUGACUUUGGAGCUAUAAUAUUAUGUGACAAUCGAUUUUCUGGACCAGAUUUUAAAGCGCAGUUGUCUUCGUGGGUUAGACCUCAUGUAAACACUUACAAUGUGUUUGGUCCAGCCAUGAGGGAUAUUAUUCAGUUCUUCAAGAAUGCACAGACUUUGUUACCACAACCAGCAGCUAAAAAUAAAGGUCAACCAGCCCUUAGUGUUAAGUAUGAAACUCCAGAAUCCACAUUUCAAGUUCCUGUGUCAGCUCAUGCCUUCCAGGCUGAUUCAUCAAGAUCUGUGAUUUCAGAAUCUACAAAGAAGAAAAUGACUGAGGCACUUAGAAAAGAGUCUGAUUAUAAUGCCGUCUGGUCUAGCAUGAACUAUACUAAAUCUGUAGGUCGUGAAAAGGUCUCUAUGGGUGAUAAUUCAAUAUUUUCAGCACUGGAACAAAAAUCUUCUGUUGUUGAUUUUAACGCUUGCAGUGUUUCUUCUCAGUGUUCUUCGGACUAUGGUAGUAUUAAAAUACAGAACAAGAAAAGAAAGAUUAAACUUGUACCAAAUAUUGAUUCAGUAGACUCAGCAAACUGUGGUGAGAAACAAGGAAGUCAGAACACCAUGACCCAUAUUCUGAAGCCCUUAAAUCAAGCUGAAAGUAGUUCUCCAGAUAUGAUUGGGUCAGGGUCAUCCAGUGGAUCACAAGAUAACAUUACUUGUGGCCAGGGCGAGUUCUUACAUCCCGCUGCUUCCAUUGAUGGACAUGUAAAAGGUGAUGUUAAUUGCAAACCAUCAUCAUCAAGAACAAAGACAUCUGAUGGCAUCUCGACUUCAAAGAAAGAAAAUGGAGAUGACAAGAAGUUAAGCUCAAUUGCUGCUUAUAUAAAAGAAGUCAAGUCAUCAUUAAACAAGGAGCAGUAUGCUGAAUUUUCUGCAGCUGUUAAGUCUUACAAGCAGAAGAAGGAUUAUGAGCGAAUGGUGGACAUCUUAGCAUCUCUCUUUAUUGACAACCCUCAGUACCAUCGUCUCUUUAGAAAAUUUGAACAGUUCCUGAACAAAGAACAUCGACCUCAGUUUCAAGAAACCUGCUCUCAAAUACUGCCACAGUAGCCACUCUCUCAGGUGUUUGAUAUGCUGGAGAUUCAAUAAAGUUUUUUAAGGGAAAAUGGAACAAGAUAAAUGUAAAUUAAAAUACGUAGUUGGGUAAAUAUUUUUAACAUACAUUGCUGCAAAUUAAUUGAAUUGUAAAUUGUGUGUGAUAGUUGGAGGACAAAAGCUUUUAAAAGAGUUGUUACUAUAAAGUGUUACCCUGUGUAACACACCACCCCAUUUAUUUUCAUCUUUUUAGCUAAUUUAGAUUGUUUCUCAUUAACAGAGGUUCACUGUAAUUUACACACACACACAUCACUUGCUUAGGAUUUCCAUGAAUCUUAAAUGUACAAUAUAGAAGAUUCAGAUAAAAUCAUAGGAUCUCUAGUUUACACCCUGAAGCUAAGGGAUUCUCAUAACAGGCUGCUUACUGGAAGAAGAAAUUUUCCUUGAUCCCCAAAGGUUGAUUUGUUAAUCCCUUUAGGUAUAACUACUCACCACUCCCUCCUCAUCACACUGUCUCCUUCAAAUGAGAGCGUCUGGGAGAUAUUCUUAAAGUUUAACACUGUCCACUCCAUGUCAAGGCAGUACUGUACUGUAUAUGCAAUCUUUAGAAUUCGGAUCAAUGUCUCUCAUAAUUAACCAAAUUUUUUUUUUAACCAUCAGGCAGGAUAUGUACCUGGUUUGUGACUUGGGAGAUGAUUUUACCCAAUUUGUUUCCAUGGGGAUGUAUUUUCUAGUGGUUGAUCAGUUAGAUUUUGUAUACUACUGAUAGCUCUUUUUUGUGAAGGUUUCAGGAUAACAACCCAACCCAACCCAAUUAAAGGAAAUAUAACUAGGUCAGUUCUCCUGGUGGUGCAUCUACCGUAUAUAAUCCUUAAGAGUUUGUAUAGCACCUCCUUUCUCAUCCAAAUGGCUCUUGAUUUUAAAGGCUGCCUGGCUUUAGGGUGUAGGCUAGAAAUGCGAGUGAGGAAUUAUUCCCAAAUUCUAAAGGUGAGAGCAGACAUUCAUGCCUAUUGAAGACAAAUUUUGCACCUACAGUAUUUCUCCUCAUUUAAAGUAGUUAGUAUGAUGGGUUGAUGGACUUACCAAAAUGGAUUAACAAAUCACUUCUGGCUUUUAGGGAGAUGGUAAAAAGGCCCUGAUCCCUAGGUAAACAAUCUAUGUAUUAUGAGAAGUGCCUGGCUGUGGACUCCGCUAUAUGAUGGGUUUCAAGAUCAUUCCCUCAUUUUAUACACACUAAUGAAUUUUAUAAGUGCAUGUACAGUAUGUUAAUAUAGUUUUUUUAUGAAUAAAUUGUUUUAAUAC